ACUCAAGGCACCUAAACAUGACACCGGAAGUGAACGGUGCUUCCGGUUGUUGGCAGCGUCCACGGCCUUCGUCUCGGAUCUCGACGCAAUUACGAGGCGAUUCCGCGGCUUCCCGCGAUGACGGUGCCGGACCUGCGGCUGGACCCCUCGAUUCGCUUCUGGGUUUUGCUGCCCGUGGCCUGGAUCGCGCUGGCCGUGGGGAUUCUCCGGCUGCGCGUGGCUCGGUUACUGCGCGGCAAAUUCUGGCUCGUAGCCGCCUCUUGAGAGAAAACGGACAGUUCCUAACUCAUCAGGGUUUUCUUAUGCGCAAGCAUUACUUCAAUAAUUCUGAGAAUGGCUUCUUUCGCAAAACCAAGCGCAAACUGCAGCCCCGAAACCCACUGACAGAUCCCACUAUGGUUACAGAGAUGAUGAAGGGCAAUCUCAUCAAUGUUUUGCCCAUGAUUCUCAUUGGAGGCUGGAUCAACUGGGCCUUCUCUGGCUUUGUGGCUACUAAGGUUCCCUUCCCCUUGACCCUGCGAUUCAAGCCCAUGUUGCAGCGUGGAAUUAACCUGCCUUCCAUGGAUCCCUCUUGGGUGAGUUCAGCCUCCUGGUAUUUCCUCAACGUCUUUGGUCUGCGCAAAAUGUACAAACAUGUCCUGGGGGAGGACACUGAGCAGAGUCAGCUACUCCUCCAAGAUCAGUUCAUGGGCCCAGCCAGUCCUGCUCCACCAGAUCCCAACAAGGCCUUCAAAGCUGAGUGGGAAGCCUUGGAGUUGGUCUCUCACCAUUGGGCUCUUCAGGAUGUUGAGGAACAGCUGAUAUCACAGGACCUCCAGUUGACCGGGACGUCCAGGCCAGAUUGAGCGGCCCCUGGUCUGCUCUGGGAUACAGUCCUACAGGACGGUGGGACCCAGAGACACCCUGCUGAUCCUUACCAAUUGGUGGCCAAGGACCACCUUAUUGUGCAUGGUGUGCUAAAAGUGUGGAGCAGUGCUUGGUUUAAAUGGCAAGAGGUAUUGGCAGAGUGCUGAAAAUCAUCAACGAUCAGCAGUCUAAUCAGGAAAGCAGCUUCAGAAACCUUGUGAAGAGCUGAGGCAUGGAAUAGCUGUUGCUGUUUCCUGCUGUGCAUCAAUAGAGAAAAAAAAUGUGAGAAAUAUCUCUGGAAGUUUGAGCUAGAAAUUUAAUGUAUGUUGCAGAAUACUGGGUAGUAAACCAAGGU